CACACACAGAUUUUAAUAUCACCAAAAAUAAGCACUUUUUAUUUACACACACACAAAGGAGAAUGUCAACCUUUUGUGAAUCAAGCCAGAAGCUUGCCAAGGAAGCCAAGCGUACAGCAGAUAUUCUCGUGUCGCCUUACAAUGAAGAUCUUGUGCAGACCAUUUGUCGAGAGGUACGAAUGCUUCAAGCAAAAGCAGAUACGGUCAUCACAGACAUGCGCCAAAGCAACCAAGGAAAUCCCCAACCACCUACUCCAGAUCAACUCAGCGAGCUCUUACUCCAGUACAUGGCCAUCAAAAGAAAUAAGCGCGUCCUUUUUGCAUACCAUCGUCAACGCAUGGAGAAGCUUAAAGAACUUUCGUGGGAUGUAGGAAUCCAAAGCGAACAUCAACGCGAAAUUAACUCUUGUCUUGGUCCGAAUGAACAAAAGUUUCUUGAUGAAUACACAGAUAUUGUCAAUUCAUACAAACAAAACUUUUAUGAACUUGAUCUUGGUGGUAAUGGCGGUGUUGAUCUUGAACCACCUACAGACCUUAUUAUUGAAGUCCGAGUUAUCAAAGAUGCAGGUGAACUUAUUACUGAAUCGGGAAGGGUAUUGAAUAUCUCCAAAGGAAACCAAUUCUAUGUUCGACGUACCGACGUUGAAGGUCUGAUUAAAUCUGGACAUCUCAAGCAUAUUCAUUAAUGGAUAUUCUUGUUACUUAAAUUGUACAUAGCAGCUAUAUUGUAUAUAGCCAAAUAUAAGAUCAAGAUACACACAAAUAUAUAUUUUAAAUAAUCAAUCAAUCAAUCAACCAACCAACCAAAUAAUAACAGUAAUAGUACUAGUAAUAUUAAAAUUAAAAUUAGUGAUAAUAAAUUAACUUCCUAUAUAUUUAAUUGGCCAAUAAGAUAACCUCUUUAGAGACAUCUUGAGCCAUGGGUGUGUAUAUAUUGGGUGUACCAUGUAUCUAUUCCUUAAUUCAGAUAAUGUACAACACCCUUUUCUUUAUAUAUAUACAUAUGUAUGUGUGUAUAUUAUUUCUUAAAAUAACAAUAAUAAAAAUAUUUGGAUUAAGGUCUUACGGUGUGAAAACCAAGAUCUGGUCCCCCUCCCCCCC